CACUUGAUCUGGUAUCAGGUCAACGUUGGAAUUUGAUUGGUUAAAUUAAGCAAAAAGCAAGGAUUGAUACCUGGUAACGUGUGUUUUUCACUUCAUCUGGUAUCAAGAUAUCUGGAAUUUGAUUGGCUAAAUUAAGCAAAAAGCAAGGAUUGAUACCUGGUAACGUGUGUUUUUCACUUCAUCUGGUAUCAAGAUAUUUGGAACUAAAGUACAAAAUGACGGACCUCCCCAGAGAACUUCUAUCUUUAAAACUGCCACAUAAAUUACGACCAGGCACAGACUUGAUGUCGAAACAAAUUUUAUUGAAUCCCACUGUGAUUGACAUUGUCGUCGAGACAACAUUUGGAUCUGAAGGAAAAUGCAACUAUUCACCUUGGCCGACAGAAUGGCCAGAUCGUACCAUUUCGGACAUUUUGUAUCUACCCAUCUCUCAACAAAACGAUAGGUUUCCCCCUAUUUUAGUGGGAAUUCAGCAUAUAGUUGACAACGAUUUCAUUUUGAGACUCAUGUCUUAUGCCAUAUCUCUCUAUCGCCAAUACAAUAAAAUACCGAUUGUGUUAACAUUUGUUAUCUCUUCGAUGAAAUAUGAAGUCUCAAAGAAAACGGUACAAAACAAAGACCACCCUUUUCUUCGUCAAUACUCUUGCCAACCUUGGGCCAAGAUGUGUUACUUUGUGACCAGCAGCUCGAUAGAAACGAGCUUGACAUCACCCCUUUCUCCUUUUGUUGCUUUGUCAACAUUUUUUAUCAAUCAACACCCUUCACUUUUAGUGAACCCUUUCCGCGAUGAUCCUACUAUUCAAUUAUUGUAUUCAAUUGCUGCACGGGUGUUCCAAGAACAAAUGGAUGAAAGUACAAAGCCCACAGAAGAUUUGUUGCUGGUGUGUGAAAAUACGGAAAAUGUUUUAACGAAGGCAAUAUCAGCAUUAUCAGAAGAAGUUCCAGAUGUUGAAAAAUGCAAGAAAAUUUUAGACGAUGGUAAACUACUUCCUGCUGCUUUAAAAAGAAAAUAUGAGUCCAUCUCAUUAGAAGCUCCCAAUACCAACACCAAUGCCAGCACCAGCAGCAGCACCAACGCCGAUACCAACACCAGUACCAUUAGCAACUGGGAUUAUUUAGAGCACUACCUUUCCGAGCUAAAUAAUAAUACACCCAUUUCAUGGAAGCGUGUGUAUGAGGAUGGUCGGGAGCUUGGUUUUUUUAAAAACUAUACCAAAUGGACUACAAUGAAGUCUAGCUAUUAUAGAUGGAAAAAAAAUAAAAAUUGAGGCUAUUUGUGCUUUAUAUCGAACAUAUAAAAGAAAGAAA